CAAGGACGACAUAAUUACUGGACGAAGCUUAGCGGUCACAUCACAGAUAUAAAGGCACACAAGGAAGCAGCUGAUAAAUCUUAUAACUGCAGCGUCUUCGUAAGUGGGGUUGCUUUAACGUGUAUUCUGAAUGCAUCUAUGAACCACAAGCCGUUCAACUUCAUCCGCCAGCUUACAAGAAGUUGAGGAGAGAGUUUUCGUCAAGUUAAUUGAAUACUGAAGUUUAACUCGUAGAUUAUGUGUGCACAGAAAUUCUGAAUAACGUCUGUAAUAUAUUUAGGAUAUAUUCCAGUGAUUCUGAAAAACAAUGGCAUUGUUGUUAGAGUGGCCAACACUCGUUCUGACAAUUUUUUCUGCCGUUUUUAUUGGCUUUUAUUUUUACUUCACUCGAAAUUUUAACUUCUGGAAGAAUCUAGGUGUUCCUUACGUAAAACCAUCGCCAUUUGUAGGCAAUCUCAAAGAAUGUGUCUUGCUGAAAGAGACUAUUGGGAACCAUCUUAAGAAUUUGUAUGACGAACACAGUGACAAGCCAUAUGUGGGGAUCUUCUCUUUCGAUAAGCCGAGUUUGUUGGUUCGUGAUCCGAAGUUGUUGAAGAAUAUUCUGGUGAAGGAUUCAAAGUUUUUCGCAGACCACAUAAUGUCAGUUGACGUAAAAUCGGACCCCGUGUUUGGAAACUCAUUGUUCGUGUUGAAAGGACAAAGGUGGCGAGAAGUCAGAGUAAAUAUGACUCCGAUAUUUACGUCAGGUAGAAUGAAGAACAUGUUCUACUUGGUGGUCCUUGGCUGCAAGGAACUCAUUGAACUCCUGGACAAGGAAACAGCUAAAGGUUCCCCUGUGCAAGUGAAGGAGACGAUGACCAGGUACACGACUGACGUGAUAGCAUCCUGUGCCUUCGGGAUCCAAAGCAACACCCUGAAGAAUCCUUAUUCAGAGUUUAGGGAUCACCUGCGGGAGGUAUUCGACUUCACAGUUCGGAAAGGUUUGACAAAUCUGCUUGCGUUCUUUGCGCCUUCUCUUAAGUCCAUAUUAAGGUUGAAGCUUCUGGACAACUCCACAGCUGAUUACAUCAGGAAACUGAUCUGGAGUACUGUGGAAUACAGGGAGAAGACCGGGCUGAUACGGAAAGAUAUCCUCCAUUGGAUUAACGAGCUGAGAACUAAUGGGAAGAAAACUGUUCAAGAUGCCACGGUAUCUGCAGAGAAUCCAAGAAUUGACUCCAAAUUUCAAUUAGACGACGAUGAAUUUGUGGCGCAGGCCUUUCAAAUUCUAGCGGGAGGUUUCGAAACGUCCGGUACCACAAUGAGUUUCGCUCUGUACGAGCUUGCACUGCAUCCAGACAUACAGCACAGACUGAGAGAGGAGAUCACCAGGGUAAUGGCUAAACACCAGGGCGAGCUUACGUAUGAAGGGAUGCAGGAGAUGUCCUACCUCGACAUGGUGGUCUCAGAGACACUGAGGAAGUACCCGGUUCUCCCAUUUCUGGACCGGAUGUGCGGCAGUGACUACACUCUUCCUUCCACUUCCGGGAAUGGAACUGUAUUACUUCCGAAAGGGACCGGGGUUUUCAUCCCGGUAUUCGCUUUGCAUUAUGACCCGCAGUACUACCCAGAUCCAGACAAAUUCGACCCGGAACGUUUCACAGAGGAAAAUAAACAGAAUCGGCCGAACUACACAUAUCUCCCAUUUGGGGAAGGUCCCAGAAUUUGCAUCGGGAUGAGGUUCGGUUUGAUGCAGGUCAAGGUUGGACUGAGCCACAUACUGUCCCGCUUCGAGGUGGCGCCCUGCAAAGACACGCCCCUGACUGUUGUUUAUGAUAGGAAGUCCUUCAUAUUGUCGAUGGAUGGAGAGAUACCGUUGUCUUUCAAAAGGAUUCCCAUCUGAUUGCACGGAUAUUUGUAUGUUAUUCCCCUUAAUGUCUAUAAUAUAUAUGAUAUCUAAACAAGAUAAUUAUGAUAUUCUGUUACUUCUUAAUUUUCUUUACGUAUUUCUGUGACUGGGUAUGGUUGCACAGAAAUCUGCUUAAGUUAACUUGGAACCUACUUCCUUUUAUAGGGGUAUUCUAAUAUUAAGUUUUCAGUAGAGCUAGUAAGUUUUAUUUAUACAUGCACAUAUACUCCUACAGCUCUUCCUUAUAUGAGUAUAUGGGAAUAAAGCAUAACCACAGAGACAUGCUGUUGGAGUUAAAUAUA